AAGAACGUUAUUAUUUAGUUUUGUGAUAUUUUAUCAAUAAAAUACAUUUGUAUAAGUGUUGUAUAUAACAUCAUUGCCCACGGUUUUGUAUGUUGCUAAUACGUACUUCUAAUUUAUUACAAGCAACCUAUGAUAUUAUUAACUAAGCCAUUUGUGAUCACCAUAUGAGCAAGCGAAGUUUAUCAACGGGGACGAUGGUAGCUACAAAGCAUAAAAACAAAGUAGUGCCAUGCUCAACCCCUGAGCACCAAGCAGAUUCUCCAUCAAGAGACAGUGAUUCAGUGUGUGAUUCCGAAGCGGCCAGCCCAGUACCCUUUCUCUGCACUCAAGAUGGAGCGGAAGGCGAAACAGAUGUUGUCUGGAACUAUUACACACCAAAAGCUGAACAAACAGCAGUCUCCCGAAUCAAAAACUCCACACCAGUCAGUAGAAAAGCAAGGAAAAUAUCAAAACCUAAACUAAUUGACCGGCCAACACCUAAACGCAAACUUGUCAGUAAAGUAUCACACAAAAAGACUGCACUAUUCCAAGAGCUUAUGGAAUUAAACCAAAACGUGCAUGAAUUAAUCAGUAAGAAACGGUCCAGUGAAGUUAUUGAUGAAAAACAGUCUGGAAGUGAAGAAGACAUUUUUAGUGAUUCAUCAGGCCAAUCACCCAAAAGCUGCUUUAAGUCAUCAAGGUGUCUUAGAAAAAACCUCUUAAGUUCAAAAUUUGCUAAACCAGAUACAGAACCAGCUUUGGAAUCUGACGAUUCAAUGAAUGAGUGCCUUAUUAAAGCCAGUCAGGUUAUUGAGGAAAAUAUACUGAAAGUAACACCACCGAAGAAACCUAGAUAUGAACCAAACAAAUCAAAGAAUAUCAAGUCAAGUAUAAACUUCCAAAUGGAUCAAGAUUCUAUGGAUGCCAUAUUAAAUAGCAUUAAACUAGACUCACCUUUAUUAACACAUACAAAAAAUGCUGAACCUCCAAGCCUUAAUAAUGACUCUUUCGAUAACAUAGUAGGGAAUUUAAAUGACAGUACAUUAGACAGGCUAACACAGGCUCCAAACAGUAAAAGUAAACUAAACAACUCGAAAAGCACAAGUUGGAUGAUAGAUGAUAUAGUUUUGCAUGAUGACAGCAUGUCUAAGUCAUUUUUCGGGCGGCACAACUCUAUGCCCGAGUCACCAUCAGUGGAUAACAAGCCAUCUACAAGCGGUAUGGUUAUUACACGGUAUAGCUCUAUGCCAUAUGGAAAUGCUGAAAAAAGGACAGAACCCAGUGACUCUCCAAUGAGAUGUACUCAAGAUGAAAUCAAGAGGAAACAUCAACUAGCGCGAGAGAAACUUCUUGCAAAACGACUUCUACCAUUCACUUCACAGUCAAGCCAAGUUCAUCAGCCACCGGAAAUUAAGAAAAAACAAUUUCAACCUAAAUUUGCCAGUACAAUUAACAAGGGCCCUAGUUCUACUGACAAUGUUGCCAACUCAGUGAACAAGGUCUCUAGUUCUACUAACAAUGUUGCCAACACAGUGAACAAGGUCCCUAAUUCUACUAACAAUAUUGCCAACACAGUGAACAAGGGCCCUAAUUCUACUAACAAUGUUACCAAAACAGUGAACAAGGGCCCUAAUUCUACUAGUAAUGUUGCCAGCACAAAUAACAAAAUACCUCCAAAAGAUAAUAGUUAUUUAAAUCAGGCUUCCAGUAUGAAUUUCCAACAGAAUAAUGUUAUGAUUAGUGAUAAGUCAAAAGAUAUAAAAUUGCUUAUUGAAAAGAAAAGACAAGAGGCGCUGAUGAAAUUAAGACGCCGGCAACCGCAGAAAUGAAUUUAUUGCCUGUUUCAUAUGUUGUAAGUUAUAAUAAUUAUAUCACAGAAAAAAGAAGUAUAGAAGACGUAAACAGUGUGCAUCUAAGCUAACUUUGUAUCGACUUUUCAAAACAAAGUGUGGCAAUGUCUUCAAAAAAAAUGUUACAACCCAAAGCCUGAUGUAAAGCUGUAUUUUUAGUAUGUAAUUUGGACUCCUUGAAGGAACAUGAAACCAGGGCCGGAUUUAGGGGAGGGCAACCGGGGCUACUGCCCCGGGCCUCCACAAAAGAGGCCCCCCCCCCACAAUAGAGAAUUCGGUAAAUUUACCAUUUUAUUUGGAAAAAAUUUGGGGCCAGGGGGCCUCCACUCCUUUAUUGCCCGAGGCCUCCAGACCUCUAAAUCCGGCAUUGCAUGAAACUAUGUUUUACAAGCAAAAAAAGUUAUGCUCUAGCAUGACGCAGUAGUUUACGAAAAUGGCAAAAAAAUAUUAUUUUUUAUAAGUUUUGCAUUUCUUUUUAACUAUGAGUUUUUUGGCAUUCGUUUUUUUGUAAUGUUAAAGGUACAUUAAAUUUGAAACAAUUUAAGCCCACCCACAUCGCCGUAUGUUAAUUAAUUCUUGAUACAUGAGGCUUCAAAAAAUAAGUUUUUUUUUUUCUUAAUGAAAUUUUGAGUUUGGCAUAUAUUUCUGCCAAAUUCCUCUCCUCUCGCUUCGAAUGAUGGUUCCUAUGACGGUUUAUGUUUAUUAUGGAUUAGUAGCUGUCACGUAAUAUAUUUAUAGUUUUUUUUUUGGGAGUUUAGCACAUGAAUUCAUUUAGAAAUGUAACAUUUGAGUAUAAAAAAUCGGUAUAAGUAGGUACACAUAUUUCUUCAAUUAUUUUUUAAAUAAACCAAAAGAAACUUCAAGGAACUGCCGUGGGGACCAUAAUUUGACGCGAGGGGUAUAGCUCCGACUCCGACUAAGAAUUUGUUGUAGUGUGUUUUAAUUACAUAACUAGGUGGCGCUGUACGGCACCACUAAUUUUGUGGUAACUUGUAGCUUGUAGAAAGUUAAGAGGCCUUAUUCCUACAGACGAGCGUAUUUUGUAAAAUGCUUCCUUUUUCAUUCAAGAUUACGACGUAACUAUUAGUAUUUAUUCAAAAACUGAUAACGUACUUAAAUAAUCGUUUCCUAAACUAGGGGCUCCAACAGUUCAAAUUU